UAGGAUCCCCGGGAUCACCAUGACCAGCGCGGUCCCCACCGUCCACAAUGCCCGAGUUUGACGCACCAGUCCGGGCACGGAUUAGUCCAUUCACAUGGCUCAGCCCCGAGUCCCCAGAAGGAAGGUCCGCGUUUCCAGCUGGAUCCAGGCUCCGGCCGUGAGGAUACCUGCUCUGGGAUAAAGACAACUGGGAACAAGUUCAGAGGCGCAGCAAGUACACCUCCAUAUCCAGAUCAGCCACCUCCUGCGCGGUGUUCGUUUCUGCGGAUCACGUGACCAUGCAGGCGGUCUGUCUCUGGAUUGGCAGAGUUUCUGUUCUGCUGCUUCUGCUGCUCUGGUCAGAGCCACUCGAGAGCCAGCGCACAAACGACCACAGGAAGGUUCCUCAGCGGGCAGAGCAUCAGCGGGAGUUCAGGGCUGAGCACGGAGACGUUCAGGGCUCCUGGGGCACCUGGGAAUCCUGGUCAUCCUGCUCUCUGACCUGUGGAACGGGAGUGCAAGAACAGACAAGGCCGUGCCUGCCCGCGUACACCCAACACCCCCCCAGAGGAGCUGGAGUUCAUGUCAUUUCAGCCCUGAAGCCUGCAGAGACACGACACGCCGACGGAGCCAGAGUCUUUAACGGCAGCGGCAGGGGGGAGCAGCAGACCAGGCCCGGACAGCGCAGGAGGAUCCCCCACAUCCAGCCAGGGAGGUACGGCUACGGCAGAGGGCUGUACGUCGCUCCUCUGCAGACCCCGGAGACCCCUCACCUCCACAGGCAGCGCCGCUCUGCUGCCGCUGCGUCCCACCACCUCCCCGCAGGAGGCCACGACCUCCAUCGCUUCAGCAGACCCUACACACACGACCGGGCCGAACCGGCCGGGAAUAACCGGGUCUGGGCUCCUCUUUACCAGCCGAGCUCGGCGAGCCAGGGAGUCCAGCCGGGGCAACACUCGGACCCCCAGACCACCAGGCAGGAGAGGCAUCCGGAGAGGCCCUACGACCCGCUGCCCUCCUCCUCCUGCGCCGGGGAGCACGCUCACUACCGCACCUGCAGCAGCCACGCCUGUCCUCCUUCCAGCAGGAACCUCAGAGCGGUGCAGUGCUCCUCUUACAACAACCGGCCUUUCAUGGGCAGACUGUACAAGUGGGAGCCUUUUAAUGAGGUCCCCGGGGAGCAGCAGUGCGAGCUCCACUGCCGGGCCAUCGGGUUCAGGUUCUACGUGCGUCAGUCGGAGAAGGUGACCGACGGGACACCGUGCGGACAGACCAACUCCUCCCUCUGCGUGGCUGGACGGUGCAUGAGUCUGGGCUGCGAUGACUACCUGGGAACCGGGAAACUGGUGGACAAGUGUGGCGUUUGUGGCGGUGACGACACGAGCUGCAGGCUGGUCUCAGGCGUGUUCAAACACAGCUUACCCAACAUCGGCUAUCACAAGAUCGUGGAGAUCCCGGAGGGAGCCACCAAGAUCAACGUGACAGAGAUGAUGAAGAGCAGAAACUACCUCGCUCUGCGAACCCGAUCGGGGCGAUCCAUUAUCAAUGGGAACUGGGCGAUUGACCGUCCAGGAAGGUACGAGGGCGGGGGGACCAUGUUCACGUACCGGAGACCCAACGAGAUCAGCAGCACGGCCGGAGAAUCCUUCAUCGCUGAAGGGCCCACUAACGAAAUCCUGGACGUGUAUAUGAUCUUCCAGCAGCAAAAUCCUGGUGUUCACUAUGAAUUCAUCAUUCGUUCAGACGAAACCGUCAGACCAGAAGUUGUGAAUGGACAGGAUGGAUACGAUCGCCAUGGCAACACCAACCAGGAAAACUUCAACUCAGCAGACGGGGGGAGGUUUCCUCCUCGUCUCCCGGACAACCAGGUACCUGCCGUACAACCUCCCAGACGUGAGAGGGAGCACAACUGGAGACUGGCCGGCGCCACCGAAUGCAGCGCCUCGUGUGGGAAAGGUUUCAGAUAUUCGGUCUUUCAUUGCGUCCACCGGCUGACCGGGGUGAAGGUGUCGGAGACGUUGUGUGACGGCAGCAGCCGACCGUCUCCGCAGGAGGAGGCCUGCGGCCUGCAGCCCUGCCCAGCGUUCUGGGAUAUCGGAGAAUGGUCAGAGUGCAGCAAGACCUGCGGCCUGGGCAUGCAGCACCGCCAGGUCCUGUGCCGGCAGAUUUACGCCAACCGCACCCUGAACGUCCACACGAGCCGCUGCCAGCACCUGGAGCGACCCGAGACGGCCAGUUCCUGCCAGCUGAAGAUCUGCAGUGAGUGGCAGAUCCGCUCCGAGUGGACCGCUUGCUCGGUGCCGUGUGGCCUGGGUCAGAGGUCCAGAGAGGUGCGCUGCCUCAGCAAUGUGGGCGACUUUGUGACUGACGAGGAGUGCAACAUGAAUCUGCGGCCCGCCGACGUGGAGAACUGCGACAUGGGAGCCUGCGCCAGGAGCUGGUUCUACACCGGGUGGGGCAGCAGGUGCUCUGCCGACUGUGGGAUGGGCGUCCGGACCCGGGGAGUCCUCUGCCUCAGCAACCACAUCAGCAGCCUCCCUCUGGAGGGAUGCGGGAACGAGCGGCCGGCGGACUCUCAGGUCUGCAACAACGGCCCCUGCGACAGUCGCAUCGAGUGGUUCACGGGUCCCUGGAGCCAGUGCUCUGCAGAGUGCGGCGCCGGCAGCCAGCAGAGGUUGGUGGUGUGCCUGAUGAAGUCAGAUGAAGGAUUCGCCGUCAUGCCGCCGUACGAGUGCUCGUCGCUGGACCGGCCGCUCGGCCAGCAGAGCUGCAACAUCAGGGCCUGCGGACCCAAGUGGUACCACACCGACUGGAGCGCUUGCUCGAAGACGUGCGAGCGAGGUUUCCGCGUGCGGGAGGUGCGGUGCCUGUCUGACAACAUGCUGUCCAGCGAGGCCUGCGAGGAGCAGCUGAGACCCGCCGAGAGGGAGGACUGCAACCCAGAGCCCUGCAUACCUCACAUAGAUGAGAACUGCAGAGACAAGUACUUAAACUGCAACGUGGUGGUCCAGGCCCGCCUCUGCGUGUAUGAUUACUACAAGACGACAUGUUGUGCAUCCUGCUCGCGAGUGGCCCACAGACAGACGACGCACCGGGGCCGCAGCUAGCGCUCUCUGCCAGGCCGCCUCGGCGCCAUGUUGGGCCACGCUUGGUGGACACUGAAGGCCCUCCGGCUCUGGACCGGCCCGUAGAACCAGACUGGCCUACGACGGAUCCUUGCUUAGGUUUCCAAGGAUGAAAACUGAAGAAGGAACCUUUUUAAUUGUGUCGGCUCAUUUAGAGGCAGCUGUCGGAGGGGGGUAGAUGGUAAUAACGGCAGCGACUCUCGAGUGACGGGAAUCCACCCGACGGAGGAAAUCAGCAGCACACCACAGGAUCCCAAAUACUUCUCGGCUUCUCUGAGUUCCCUUUGCUUCAGGGAACAGUUUGCAGCUACUCUCACCAAUAAAGGCUCUACUGGAUGAAGAGGAGAGCGCCAGUAAACCAUCCGCUGACCCUGCCUACACAGCGUAUACCGUAACGUCGUCCUUCAGACCACAACACCCCGACUUCUGCAUUGAUUUCAUAUAAAGUUGAGACUGUUUGACCAAAAAAAAAUCACUUUUAAUCAAAGAUAUCUGACUUGAACUGAAAAUACGUUAGCACAGUCACACCUUGUUUUGUUUUUCCUGCAUGAAGCAAACGCUGCGUAUCAAACCCUCCAUUGGGAUGAUGAUGUAUUCUUUAUUCAUUACGGACUCACAAAAAAACAAAAAAAACUAAAAACAUUUGAAUCCUUCAUGGCCAGAUGAUGUCUGUUUGGCGAGCUGCCUUCCUGCAGAGCCAUAAAGCUCUCUUUAUUUAUGUGUGUGGCUCCCCAGGGUGGACGUUGGUUUAUUGGCGGUUCCUUCGUGGCCGAGCCACCUCUCAGCCAAUCACAACCUCUGAACCGAAUGUAGGCAUACCACAGACCGCUGGAUAGCAGAAGCAGAUGCUAAAAAAGCCUCAUGUUUUUUUUUUUUUUUUUUUUACCUAUCCAUAAUUAUGCGUAAAAUAUUAAUAUUUAACUGUAAUAUCAGUAUUGAUUUGUUUUGAACUGCCUGAGGUUUACAUUUAUAGUAAACCCUUGUUUUUGAACCAUUCUUUUAGCCUCUUUAAGUUCGCCACGAAACGUCACGCAAUACCUCUCACAUCUUCAGUAUUUGCUGCAUUAUAGCUGUUGUUCAUACUCGUUACGCACCACGAACUUACCUCUGAUCCACAAGUACUGUAUACGUAUCAUUGUUCGAGUCCAGAAGCUGUGUGAUCACAGUCAGCCGCUACGGGGGGGUCUGAGGGAGAAGUCUGAAACACAAGAGGAACCAGCUCAUUUCAGUAAUGACCAAAGCAGUCGAGAUCAGCCUCCAGUCACUAACAAGCCUGUCGACAAUCAGGAGCCUGUAACGUACCGAUGACACGGGGGGGUCACAGCAGCGGGAACAUGAGCACCUCAAAGACUUGAGACGGGAAACUCUUAUGUUGUAUGGAAAGAUCAGUCCUGGUCCUUAUCGCUGCCUGUCAGUAUCAGUAGUGAAUAUAAGCAUCAAAAAUGUAAUACCAAAACACUUAAUCUGACACUGCUUGUCUAAAAGAAGCAUCUAAAAUCAAUCAGGAAGGGGGGGGGGACUGAAACCUCUGGAUUUGUCAAUAUUUAAAAUACGACUGAAACUAAUAAAAGUUUGUAUUUUCCUUUCAAGGCCUCGGUUCAUUUGUUUUUCCAGGAGGAGUCUCAGAGAUUCAGUGAAUUAAACAACUAAAUCCAACUCGCCCACAAGCUGAUCCUUGUAAAAACACUCAUCGGUGCCUUGAUGUAUCGUAUACUGUAUAUAUCAAAAACUGAACCCAGCUAAAGAAAUGAAUGUAAAUAUUUGGCCUUAUUUGUUUAUUGACAUU